UGGGCCUGACAUUCAUAUGCUACUAUCUUCAGUGUUCCUAGAUGCGGGCCUGUACCGAGAUGUCAUUAUUAGUUGGAAUUUCAUUAGAGAUCGGAUGUUGUUCUGGAGUGUUGAAUAAAAAUACAUUUAAUUAAAUAAUAAAACGGCGUUAUUUAUUCGAAGUAUCACAGUGGCGACGAGGAGUAACAACAGGUAAUAAAUAUUCGUACUAUUAUGACUUUCUUCGGGUUCUACAAUAACUCAGAAAGAAGGAAAUGAGUAAGGUUAUGUGACAAAAGAUUUUUUUUUUUUUCCUUUGUGUAGCAGCAUAAAAAAAAAAAGAGAAAAUUUGCUAUUGACGCAUCGUUACCAUCGCGAUAGUUUGAAUAGCGAGGAAAUCCCGCAGAGGCAGACGGUGAAGUCUGCAAAGGCAGAUUGAGAAAACCGCAGAAGCGGACAAAUAAACCGCAAAGGCGGAUGCUGAAAUCUGCAAAGGCAGGUUGAGGAAACCGCAGAGGCGGACAAAAAAAAAAAAUAAAACCGCAGAGGCGGACGAAAAAAAAACAGAAAACCGCAGAGGCGGACAAAAAAAAAAACAAAACCGCAGAGGCGAACAAAAAAAAAAAACAAAACCGCAGAGGCGGACACGUCACUUUAGAGCAUGUAUAGACGGAAAGUCUAUAAAGAAAGACAAAGGUCAUCUGUAACUUCCAAAGGGAAAAUUUAAGCAAGUUUAACUGUGCUGGACAAAACUGUUGAUGAUGGAGAAGUGGGAUAUUCCCCAAUUUAAGUUGAAAUCGUUUCCCCAAAAUUUAGUCCGGAACGAAUGGGUCAAGUAUAAAAGAAAUAUUGACUACAUAAUCGCGGCGACAGGAGAAACUGAUCGCACACGGAUUAAGAACAUCUUUUUGGCCAAAGCUGGACCAGAAUUGCAAGAAAUCUUUACUUCUAUUCCUGGAGCAGAUGUACAGGAAGACCCCGAGAAAUCAAUCGAUCCAUUCGCAGUGGCAAUAAACAAGCUAGACGAGUAUUUUUCGCCGAAACAGCAUGAAACUUUUGAACGAAACAUGUUUUGGACACUGAAACCAGAAACAGAGGAAACACUAGGGAAGUUUAUGCUUCGAUGUCAAGACCAAGCUGCGAAGUGUAACUUUGGUAGUAAUGCUGAAGAGAGUCGGGCUAUCAGCGUGGUUGACAAGGUGAUUCUAUACGCUCCGAGCGAUCUCAAGGAACAGCUGCUGCAAAAAGAUGUUUUGAAACUGGACGACGUUACCAAAAUUGUCAGCUCGUAUGAAUCAGUGAAACAGCAAGCGAAAUCGUUUAGUCUUCCAGGAACAAGUUUUUCUAGUGAUACCGAUUGCAUACCGUUAUCCAACGUGAAUAAGGUUAAACACAUGACGAAUAAAGGAUGCACACGAUGCGGUCGAAGCGGCCACUUCGCAAAUGACUCUGCUUGCCCGGCAAGAUUGAAGGAAUGUAUAAAAUGUAAGCGAAUCGGACAUUUUGCCGCGCAAUGCCGAUCUCUACCUGCACUGAAGCAUAAACAGUUUCCAAAGCAAGAGUCAAAAUGGCAAGGUAAACGAUUCAAGUCACACCAAGUGAACGAGAUAGGAACAUCAGAUGACAAUGAAAGUAAAAACUUUCUGUUUAGUAUCAGCGAUGGAGGCGAGCUAAUUAGAAUCAAGCUGGGUGGAGUAGUACUGCAGGUGCUCGUGGACUCUGGGUGCAAGAAAAACAUAGUGGAUGAACAAUCUUGGAACUACAUCAAAGCGAAUGGGGCAAAGAUAUGGAACCAAACAAAGAACUGUGACGAGGUAUUUCUACCAUAUGGUGAAAAUGCGAAGCCGUUGACACUUUUGGGAAAAUUCGACGCAACUGUAUCCAUAAAUGACAUUGGCAAGAUCCAUGAAACCAUAGCUACAUUUUAUGUAGCCAAAGGUGGUCAACAGUGCUUAUUAGGCCGAGUCACUGCCACUGACUUAGGCGUCCUUUUUAUCGGUUUACCGAGUACUCAUGGAGUUAACGCAAUAAAAACCACGGGAGUUCAGCCAUUUCCCAAAAUUAAGGGUAUCCAGGUUAAAGUACCGAUCGAUGAAUUUGUACAACCAGUAUGCCAACCACCAAGGCGGCCUCCCAUCGCCCUCAUGACGAAAAUUGAAGAUAAAUUGAAUUCGCUGUUGGCUAGUGAUAUCAUAGAGCGCGUUGAAGGUAGCAGUCCGUGGGUAUCUCCAUUGGUAACAGUGGUUAAAGAUAACGGGGAUCUUCGAUUAUGCGUUGACAUGCGCAGAGCAAAUAUGGCCAUUGUGCGGGAACGACACAUAAUGCCAACAAUCGAAGAUUUCCUACCAAGAUUCACAUCUGCAAAGUGGUUUAGCCGGCUUGAUGUGAAAGAAGCGUUUCAUCAAGUGGAGCUUGAAAACGGAAGUCGUUACAUAACAACUUUUAUAACCCACAUGGGACUUUUUCGAUAUAAGCGUCUGAUGUACGGUAUAGCUUGUGCACCAGAGCUAUUUCAAAGAAUCCUUGAACAAAUUCUGAGUCCUUUUAGCAAAAAUGUGGUUAAUUUUAUAGACGACAUUCUGAUAUUUGCUAGCACAGAACAGGAACACGAUAGAGUACUCGACGCAGUGUUGUCAACGCUGAACAAAUAUGGAAUGCUGUUAAAUCAGGGUAAAUGCGUGUUCAAAGUUUCGGAAUUAGAAUUCUUAGGACAUGUUAUAUCUCCUGACGGAAUCUGCCCUUCGAACAGUAAGGUUGAAUGUCUUCAAAAAUUUCGUGCUCCCAGCACCUCGGAAGAAGUUCGGAGUUUCCUGGGGUUGGUGACAUACAUUGGUCGGUUCCUACCGAAUUUGGCGACAAUAACUGCUCCACUCCGUGAACUGACUCAUUCUGGAGUCAAAUUUAUUUGGGGUGAAAAACAACAAACAUCUUUCGAAAAGCUUAAGGAGCUGAUAGGCAAUGUGCAACACUUGCGAUUCUUCGACAACACUUUGCGGACCAGGGUUAUCGCUGAUGCUUCACCGGUGGCGCUCGGAGCUGUUCUUUUACAGUUCAAAGGACCCACCGAUGAUGAUCCACGACCAAUUGCCUACGCCAGUAAAAGUCUCACAUCGACAGAGAAACGUUAUUGUCAGACCGAAAAAGAAGCUCUCGCGCUGGUCUGGGCCGUGGAGCGUUUUUCCGUAUAUCUUUUGGGGCGAAAGUUUGAAUUGGAAACCGAUCACAAACCAUUAGAAGCAAUUUUCAAACCGACGUCCAGGCCAUGCUCGCGGAUUGAACGAUGGGUGCUUAGGCUCCAGUCGUUUUCAUUUGUAGUUAAAUAUCGUAAAGGCAUCAAUAAUGUGGCGGAUCCAUUUUCAAGAUUGGUUGAGGAACAACCGCCAAAAGAGUUUGACGCUGAAAGCAAGUUUAUGGUGCUAGCAGUUCUGGAAUCAGCGGCGAUCGAUGUUCAGUUGCUUGAGGAGAGGUCUAGCGCUGACGCUACUUUGGGAGCCGUUAAGCAAUGCCUACAUACCGGAAACUGGGAUAUACAGCUAGUUAAGCCUUUCACUCCUUUCAAGAACGAAUUAGGAUUCAUCGGAGAUCUAGUAGUCAGAGGAAAUAAAUUAGUUGUACCAGAUUGUUUAAGACAACGCAUGCUAGAUUUGGCUCAUGAGGGCCACCCAGGUGAAUCAGUGAUGAAACGACGCCUGCGUGACCGUGUUUGGUGGCCUGGAAUGGACCGGGAUGCAGAGAAACAGGUUAAAGCAUGUGACGGAUGCAGACUGGUGAGUUUGCCUAAUAAACCAGAACCAAUGAGCCGUCGUGAGAUGCCUUCAAAGCCAUGGAUUGAGGUAGCCGUAGAUUUUCUCGGCCCAUUACCUUGUGGAACCUAUUUACUUGUGAUUAUCGAUUACUACAGCCGUUACAAGGAGGUGGAGACGAUGGCCAAAAUAACUGCGAAAGAAACCGUCGAAAGACUUGACCGAAUAUUUAGUCGACUCGGUUAUCCACAAACAAUCACUUUAGAUAACGCGAAGCAAUUUGUUGGAACUGAAUUAGAUGAGUACACCAAAAUUAAAGGAAUUACCCUCAGACACUCAACUCCAUAUUGGCCACAAGAAAAUGGAUUGGUUGAGCGUCAAAAUCGCUCCCUAUUGAAACGCCUUCAGAUCAGCCAUGCUCUAAGCAGGGAUUGGCGGCGGGAUCUCCGUGAAUAUUUGCUGAUGUAUUACACCACGCCGCAUUCGAUCACGGGAAAAACUCCGACGGAACUGCUAUAUGGUAGAACCAUUAGAUCCAAAAUACCCACACUGGAUGACAUCGAGACAAUGCCCAUCAGCAGUGAAGCUCGUGACAGGGAUCUGGUUUUGAAGGAUAUAGGAAAACAAUCAGAAGACAUGCGGCGCCAUGCUAGAAAAUAUUCACUCGCAACAGGCGAUACUGUGCUUAUGCAGAACCUUUUGCCUGGUAAUAAGUUAUCAACGACGUUCAAUCCAAAGGAGUACGUUGUGAUGCAUCGCUCUGGACCGCGUGUUACCAUUGAAGAUCCAGCAACUGGCAAGUCGUACGAUCGCAAUAUAUCUCAUCUGAAAAAGGUGUCUGAGAAUGCGGAAGGAUUAACGGAAACGAAUCCAACAUCUGAGGAAGUCAACGAGAAUCACAAUAAUCCAUCACCCGAGUUUUUGCCAGAAUCUUCCAAUUCAGAUGGUGAAUUCAAUGGGUUUAACAUCGGGUUGAAUCAAAAUGAUGAGUCUAAUUCACUUCCUAAAAAACGACAGCAACGUGCUACGAAGAAGCCUUCUAGAUUUGCAGAUUACGUACCGUAAUAUACAUUUAUAUAAAAGGGGAGAUGUGGUACCUUAGUGUGGGCCUGACAUUCAUAUGCUACUAUCUUCAGUGUUCCUAGAUGCGGGCCUGUACCGAGAUGUCAUUAUUAGUUGGAAUUUCAUUAGAGAUCGGAUGUUGUUCUGGAG